AUCAAAUUCGACAAUAUAUACAGAGGAGAAUAAUCUAAUUCCAUCGAAUCCAAUUAUUGGGUCAAAUAUUUAACCCAUAGAUCAUUCUUCUCCAGAGAUGCGUUUGCUGUGUUUUGCUCAAUCCAAUGAUCUUGAACAAUUUUCCAAUUUGUUAAGAUCUGGACUAUUUGAUUUAUCUGCUCUCCAGAAUUCUAAAAGGUUCACUUCUCUUCAUUACGCUUGUUUCAAUAACAGUUAUCAAAUGUGUGAAUUGAUAAUCAACCAUUAGGACAGGAGAGAGAGAAGUCUACAGAAUAUGGAGAAUUUUAUCAAUUCUACAACUAAUGAUGGAUUUACAGCUGUGCAUUUCGCAGCAUUCCGAGGGAAUGUGCAAAUUUUGACUCUUUUGAAAUUAAAAGGAGCCAACCUAAAAGCUACAAAUAAAUAAGGUUUGAAUAUUAUGCACAUAGCUGCAUAAGGUGACCAGCCUAAUAGUAUUGUAUUUGCACUUGUAAAUGGGAUUAAAUUGACUGAUUUAGAUCUCAAUGGAGGUUCUGCAUUGCAUUGGGCAUGCUUUUAUGGUUAAGAGCACUCUGUGAAUUAUUUGUUGCCAUUGAUAGAAAAAAAAAAACCAUAUUAUCCAUUAAACUCUCUUGAUUCUCAUUAGCUUACGCCUUUGCAUUUGGCCGUUUAAAGUGGAAAUACCAAACUAGUUAAAAAGUUGCUAAUUUACGGAGCUGAUAAAAAAAUUAAAGGGAAUUAAGAUAAAACACCAGCUGAUUUAGCAUAGGAGAAUGACUUCAAGAAUAUAUACAAUAUGCUGACUAAGGAGCGUGGGUUUCUGAUCACAUACUUCAAUUUGAAGCAAGGAAUCAAGAGAGUAAGAAAAAAUGGGAUAGAAUUAAUGAGAUUCGGAGGAUUCAUGAUUUUUCUUUUGCUCUCUUAUUUUUUGUAUGUGGUCGAUGAUUUCAUACCCUUAAUCUCCGAUUACGUGCUAUUUGGACUUACUUUGCUAUUCUUUAUUUUCAUCGUUUGUUCUAAUCCUGGCUAUUAAAUCCGAAGAAAGGAACCACUAUACACCUUGAUAACAACAUAUGAUCAUUAAGAUGUGUGUCCUAUGUGCAAUGUAGUGAAGUUGCCAAGAAGUAAGCAUUGCGACAUUUGUCAACGAUGUGUUUUAGUUUACGACCAUCAUUGUCCUUGGAUCAAUAAUUGCGUUGGCGCAGAAAAUCAUUUGAUUUUUAUUACUUUUUUAGUUUCUUUGGAUACUUCACUCAUAUAUGCUCUAAUCAAUACAAUCCGACAGUGUUUCAUUGGAAACCAGAGUGAAUUAGAGUUCUUUGAUGAACCCUUCAUAUUUUGGACAAUCUUAAUUUUGAAUAUCUUCAUUGAACUUAUCUUUGUAACUGGAAUUUCCGUCCUCCUUGUGACUUAACUCUAAAACAUUUUUCUAGGUCAAACUACAUUCGAGCGAUUUGCAGCACAAAAUCAAGCAUCCACUAUUAAAUCAGUUAUGACCAAUUCAAACAAGAAUUCCUAAAUUGAAGAUGAAUUGCUCUCUCCUAAAAGAGAUAGAUUUGUUUAAUGUUCAUGUAAAAAUUUACUCAAUUUCUUUUCAAAUGGAGUCACAUAAAGAAAAAAAGAAUAAGCAAUCAAAAUUUGA